CGCUUUUCAUGCUGCCUUGUAUCCUUCGGCGGGUUCUCGAUUCUAGGAAGUUGUUCGGCUCGUUUUAUCCGGCCGCGGCAGUGCUUCCCUGAUUCUCGAAAUGUUUGUUAGAAGAUCACUGAAAUUGGAUGGUCUGUUAGAAGAAAAUUCAUUUGAUUCUUCAAAAAUCACAAGGAAGAAAAGAAUUAUAACUUACUCUCCAACAACUGGAACUUGUCAGAUGAGCCCAUUUGCUUCUCCCACAAGCUCUAAAGAACAAGAGCACAGAAAUGGACCAUCAAAUGGAAAGAGAAAAAAAUUGAAUUACCUCAGUUUAACUGAAAGAGAGGAAUCUACAACAAAAGAGGAUGAUGAAUUCAUGAUGUUGCUAUCUAAAGUUGAGAAAUCAUCAGAAGAAAUUAUGGAGAUAAUGCAAAAUUUAAGAAGUAUACAGGCUUUGGAGGGCAGGAGAGAGCUUGAAAAUCUCAUUGGUAUCUCCCUUGCAUCACGUUUCUUAAAAAGAGAAAUGCAGAAAACCAAAGAACUAAUAACUAAAGUAACAAAACAAAAAUUAUUUGAAAAGAAGAGUUCAGAACUUCCUCACAAAGGUAAAGAGUUGUGUUUUAGUUUAUUACGUAAAGAGAUGCUUUCAUCUCAUUUUACCAAUUAAAACCGAUCAUCAUUAGUCCUUAUAAGUAUACUCUUUUAAAAGACCAUGAAUCUCAUUUGAAAAACCUCAGAUUGCAUUUAGCAGACCGGAUCUCAUGAGAUCAGCUUUCCUGAUGAUUGAACUUUUUGAAUGUUUUUUGAAAUACAGUUUUCAGUUUAAAAUUUAAGUUGUCUUUUUAUUAAAAAUUUUUUGGGGGCAAUACAGACAAAUAGGGACAACAAUGCAUUAAUAUAUCAGUUAUUAAUUAGUUAUAAUAUCAUAACUGUAUAAUGGUGCAUUAGAAGGGUACGCUAAGCUUUAGAAAUUACUUUGUAACCAGUGUUCUGGAAACUUUCAAAUCAUUAAUGACCUUUGAUCUACUAUGAACUCUUUUGCCUCUGAGAAUUUCACAGUAUGGGAAACUUAAUUAGCAGUUUUUAAGUUGCCAUAGGAAAUACACAGCCACACCUCAAUAAACAAAAUAAUCAUGGACUGUAAAAUAUU